AAAUUCUUUUAUAUAUUACAAUGGGUAGCGCGGUUGCUAAAGUGUUGUCAGCUGGUGCGGUACAGGGUGCAGGUUCGGUGCUCGACCGAGUCAUAUCGCAGCCGAGCAGUGAAGACCACACUGUUCUUUAUAAACUAGCUGAUUAUAAGAAAGGUGGUUUACUUUUGGAGACGUACGCUAAAGGCGGUAUGGUGGCAGCAGAGAAGCUGAUCAAGGAAGAGUUUGUGGCUUACAUGUACGCGGGGGGGGAAGGGUCAUCAACCGAGCGGAGUACUUUGAGAUGGAAGUUUCGAGAUCAAGAACAGGUCGUCCUACCGAUCGAAGCUUCCCUGUCGCCCUACGACCCCCUCGCUAAGUGGGAGGACCACACCGCCUGCUGGCAGAUGUGUUACAGAGGCGCCCUCGGAGAAUCAUUACUACAUGUUCUUAUUAUAUGCGACACCAAGAUCCACACGAGGUUGGCAAGGACUUUGGUAAAAUGUUUUCCCAAGUUAUCCCUCGACGUUGUGGAGGGCGAAGAAUAUUUAGGGGCCAGCUCUUUACACCUGGCCAUUGCGUACAGUAAUAACGAAUUGGUACAAGAUUUAGUAGAAGCAGGUGCUGACGUUAGCCAAAGAGCUAUUGGAAGUUUCUUCCUUCCUCGAGACCAGCAGAGGGUGCCGCCAGCUCGUCAAACUAACUACGAAGGCCUGGCCUACCUUGGCGAGUACCCGCUGGCCUGGGCCGCGUGUUGUGCCAAUGAGGCGGUAUACAACCUUCUUUUAGACUCUGAUGCCGAUCCUGACGCCCAGGACUCGUUCGGCAACAUGAUACUGCAUAUGGUUGUCGUUUGUGAUAAACUUGACAUGUUCGGCUAUGCCCUCCGUCAUCCAAAAGUACCAGCGAGUAACGGACGGAUGAACCGCGCUGGGUUCACUCCACUGACCCUGGCGUGCCAGCUCGGUAGAGCGUCCGUUUUCAGGGAGAUUGAGUUAUCAGCCAGAGAGUUUUGGAGAUAUUCUAAUAUAACCUGCUCAGCGUACCCUUUGAAUGCUUUGGAUACAUUACUGCCGGAUGGAAGGACUAACUGGAAUUCAGCUCUAUUCAUUAUCUUAAACGGCACGAAACAAGAGCAUUUAAACAUGUUGGACGGCGGUAUUAUUCAGAGAUUAUUGGAGGAGAAAUGGAAAACAUUUGCGAGGACAAAAUUCCUCAAACGUCUCCUAAUCCUAAUGCUGCACCUUCUCCUACUGUCAGUAUCAGUAUAUUUACGUCACAGUAGUGCGGAAGCCGACGCGCACCCUAACUGGGUAGAAGUUGCUGAUGUUAGGAGCGGAGUCAGGAUGGCCAGUGAACUCGGCACUAUACUCAGUACACUGUGCUAUAUUAUACUGCAACAGGGAGACGAACUCAAAAAUCAAGGAUUGGUCGCGUAUUUUAAACAGUUGAUUCACGAACCAGCCAAAUUCAUAUUUCUGGCGUCAAACUUCUUGUUACUAGCGUGUAUCCCGGCGAGGCUUUUACGGCAGACGAUGGUGGAAGAGGCCUUGUUGAUAUUUUCUCUGCCAGGUUCUUGGUUCCUCUUAAUGUUUUUUGG